AUGGCUCUUUCCAUUAGUUCCAAAUCAGGCAAGUCAUAUACUGUUUGGUUUAACUUUGUUUUAUUCCAUCAAAGUGACGAAGAGGACGUCACAGAAGAAGAGGAUAAAAAAGAGGAGGAAACAGUAGAAGAAAUCUCAAACGAAGAAACAAUAGUUGACGACGAUGAAGAAUUCGGCAAAUGGGACGACAAACAAGUCUACUGA